CGCCAGAUUGAGUCCUUGCAAAAUUUCGACUUUUGUCAAAGGCAGACUUGCUAUCCCGGCGCAACCGCCCGCGCGUGACGGCUCACGCAGACACCUCAAAGAACGCCUAGGUCCUGUCUGGCAAAUCAAUAUGUCGUCCGAAACUCGCAUCGGGGCCGCGUUUGUCCUUGCCUCACUGCCACGACCGGGAAGCUCAUCCUCAGGACGGACCCAAGCGGCUUGCGUGUACAGCAUUGGCGGCGCGAAGAAGAAGCAGCGGUCGGAAGUAGCUGUAGGAAUAGAUGGGGAGGGUAUAUCAGUCUAUAGCUUGCAGAAUCCCCAGCUUGUGACUUCCUACGCACUGCCACCCGAGACAUCCUUUACAAGCCCACCACAUUCUCUCUAUCGCAAACAGGCCCACGAGCAACGAAGUGUUCGAUCCACAUAUGCGGCUACCCGGAUACCCUCUGGUGAUGGACUUAACGUAGUCUGCUUUACCGAGGAAACCCACCGUGAUGGAACGUCUGACACUGUGAAGACAAGCUACGUUGUUCGGAGAUCAGGCGACGAUAUUUUAGCCAUUGAAUCCAUUACCCAACACGGAAGUGCGGAUACCAAUGGAUCUCAUGAUGUCUUAAUUGUCUUCUCCAGCGGCCAUCUCCUCUGCUUAUCCUCGGACUUGGGAACGACUAGAUGGGAGGCCGACCUUAGGCAAUUGACCGACAAGCGAACAUCAGGGUCCGCGUUCAAGAUUGAAUAUGUCACAGUUGCCACAGCAAAAGCGGCUGUCAACGGCUUGCUCAGAGGCAGACAGGAUAUUGCUGCAAUCCUGGAUCCCUCUCUGGAAGGAAAAUCAAAGAUUCUCGCCCUAACGCCAGUCCUGUGCGCGAUCUUUUCAUUCGAUGGUCAGCCACAAACUCUAGCUUUAUUCCAAUUACAGCCACGCUCUCCGGAUCUUAUCUCGACUCGGUUGUCCCCCGUGAAGCAUUUGCACACUUGGAUCCUCCCGUCCACCGAAACGACAGCUGCUGCCGAAACCGCGCAUGGCUCCUACAAUCUUGACACUCCUUCUGGAACUCUUUACCACUUCACCAAAGACCGUAUCCUCUCGUAUAACUUCUCUGGAACCGUGCCGGAGCUGGACUCGGAUUUGCAGUUGCUUGGAUCUGGCCUGUCUUCCUUUCUUCCCAUCUCAACAGAUUUAAUCCUUGCGCCCACCGAGAAUGCAUUGGGAUUAUACGGAUUGAAAUAUGGUUCAGUCCAGUCGAUUCUCCCUUGGGAGAGAACAGAGGCCUCCAACGACUCGAAAAAGCGGAAGCUUGACGAAGGAGAUGGUGUGCCAUUUCCACAGACCGUUCCUUCCCUCGUCUGCUAUUUCGCGGAAAGUGGCCUUGCUGUAGGCAUUGCGAAUCAGGAGCUAGUGGGUAUUGAAUUGGUAGAGUCACCUGCGAGAAAAAGAGUGAGAGCCAAUGAUGCAUUUCUCGUUGGCGCAGUCGGAAAGGCUGUUCGAUCUGGACCGAUACCGACUAGCAGCGCGGAUACAUCAGACUGGGAGAAGAGGCUUCAAAAACUUGAGAAGUAUUUCUCGAAAGGAAAAGUCGCGGAUUUCGAACGACAAUACGCAGCCCAUCUUCACAUUGAGUUUGCAGAUACAGCAUCCAGCACAGAAGGGGAUGGUACUUCCAGCCAUGCGCUUGUUCAAAAUGGAACCUCCCCCCAAGUAUCUACUGAGGAUGGCACAGAAGAACUGAAAAUUACCGAGUUACGGAAAUGGGUUCUUCCCGAAUCGAUAUCGGACUCUCAGAAAGACAGGUUCCGACAUUGUGCAGCUUAUGCUCUUCGCAAGAUCUUUCGCUAUGUCAAAAGGGAGUCAUCUGGUGGGCUUCACACAGUGUCGCCUUUGAAAAUCCAGUUCUUUCCGCCGAAUUUGUUCCAGUGGCUCCUGCUCUCCGGAUUUAUUACAAAAGAAUGCAUUCAUCACGCAUUCACCAGCGACGGCGCGAAUGAGCUUGGCACAAUAGGCGCCAUAUCCGAUGGAGAUAUCGUUACGGCCAUCGUUGACUUUGACCCAGAACUGCAUAUUCUCUCGGCUGUUCUCAGUCAGCCGUCUGUCUUGCCGAUUGGCGACGUUGUUCAAGCAAUCAGAAUACUGAUGCAAAAUCUCGAUGACCGCCCGGUUGACCGUCGCCAGCCUGGCUUUCUUAUCAAUGGCACAUCUUCGAAGGAUGAUGAGAUGGAUGUGGAGCUAGCUUCUGAAUUCGAUGCCGCGGCGCAGGAUCUUGAUCGUGCUAUGUCUCUGUUAGAUGAGGGCCUCUUGAUCCGCAGUCACAACCUUCAACUAGCCCUAAUGAGGCUUCAUAGUUUCCCGGCAUCCGACAUCGUUUCUACAUUGCGGUCAAAGGUUCCUCGUCGCGAACAGGAAUCUUUGAUACGCCUCCUUCAUAGCGAGCUCCGGAAUGGUGGAUGGACUUCACAAUACAAUCUGGUCGAUGCGGAUACGCUCGGAGCAGAUAGUUGGGUAGAGAAUCCGGAAGACCAAGCUGUCGCCAUCAUCGCCUCCUUGCUUGGUUGCGCCCUUGAUGCCAUUGGUGCUGGCGCAUGGCUUGGGUCUAUUGGCGAUUCAGGCUCUGAAGAGGCGACUGAAGAUAUGAUCCAGGAUCUUGUCCAUGACACAUCCGAGGCGUUGAAUGGAUUCUGGGAAGCAAGGUAUAUGAGGGGCCUGUUGAGCGAAUUCCUACGUUAUGCUUCCAACCUCUCGAAAAGCCAGAAGCCGACCAGCCAGACGCUGCAGAAGCAAGGCAAACCGUUCACUGAGGAUGUCCCGACGGAUGAUGUGCUUCCUAUGCUACCUCUUGGUUGUAAGGUUGACUUGGGAGUGGAGAAGACGAAGCCGGCCAAGGGAGGCAGGAGGAAGGAGAGGAGUGCCAGAGAGAUUGGUCUGUUGAUAAGCAAGCGGGUUCCCAAGUACAGCUUGGAAAGGAUUGUUAUAUAAUUGGGGAUAGAGAGUAGAAUCGCGCAAUACCACUUGUCGACUUUCUGU